CCCCCGCGCCCUCCUCCUCGCGCAGCGCCGGGCAGCGGCACCGGGCACCGGCACCGGCAACCGGGCACCGGCACCGAGCACCGACACCAGCCCCGGCAGGGGCACAGGGCAGCGACACCGACACCGGGCGUCGACACCGGCAGCAGCCCCGGCGCAGGGCACAGGGCAGCGGCACCGACACCGGCGCCGGGCAGCAGCAGAAGGAAAGCAGAGACCCCAGCUCCAGCCCAAGAAGCCAUGUGGGAUGCUCCCACUGUCUCGGGUGAGCUUCAUGCUGUGGCCCCCCAGACCUAGCAGGCCAGUGGAGACCAUCAAGAACUCUCUGAUCUCUUCAGGAAACCAGUGCAUCUGGGCAGCUGCCUGCAGGAGGUGGGUGGAUGUGGCUAGAGGGGCAGUGGGGUGCAGAGCAGUACCCGGAGCAUGGCAUCCCGGGAAGGCGGGGAUGAAGGAGCAGGGCUCACCUCUCCACGGUUCCUCCUGCAGCCAGCAGCCACUGCUGCCAUCACCCAGCACCAAGCAGCAGCCAGUGCCAUGGAUGAGGUGAUGGAGCUAGAGCUGGGGAGCAACUCCCUCCUGAAGGCCGUGUGGCUCGGCCGGCUCCGGCUGACCCGGCUGCUGCUGGAAGGGGGGGCUUACAUCAACGAGAGCAACGAGAAGGGGGAGACCGCCCUGAUGGUGGCCUGCAUCACCACACACGUCGACCAGCAGAGCAUCCACAAGGCCAAGAUGGUGAAGUACUUGCUGGACAACAGAGCUGACCCCAACAUCCAGGACAAGUCUGGGAAAACUGCCCUCAUGCAUGCCUGCAUCCGUGGGGCUGGGGGGGAGGUGGUGUCCCUGCUGCUGGAGAACGGGGCAGACCCCAGCCUGGAGGACCGCUCAGGAGCCUCGGCACUGGUCCAUGCCAUCAAUGCCGAUGACAAGGCUGUGCUGCAGCACCUCCUGGAUGCCUGCAGAGCCAAGGGGAAGGAAGUGAUCAUCAUCACCAUGGACAUAUCAGCCUCUGGCACUAAGACCACCAAGCAGUACCUGAAUGUUCCCCCUGUGCUGGAGUUCAAAGAGAGAGCCCCCCCCGAGGUGGGUGCAGCACCCUCUCAUGCCCACCUGAAAACUUCCAUCUCAGCACCUUCCCCUGAAGAGAAGGAGAGCAGCAUUCUCACCCCACACGCUUCACACCCUGGAGACACUGGGGACACUGAGCCACCCUCCCCAGGCCAGAGAGCCGGUACUGCCCGGAAAGCCCAUCUGCCACGACUGAAGCGGCUGCGAUCGGAGCCGUGGGGUCUGGUGGCACCCUCAGUGCUGGCAGCCUCAGCACACCGUGAUGACACGCACAUCUGUGCUGGUGAGGAUGUCAUCAUGGGCAUUGGAGACCUCUCGCUCUCCAAAAAGAUCCCCCUCAUUCGGAGCAGCAGCAGCAAGGGCAGGGACCCCGCUCUCUUUCCUAUGGUGGACGAGCAGGCACUGGGGCCGCUGGCAUGGAAAGCCACCCAGGAGAAGAGCCCGGCUGCCCACCCGCGCCUGCACCACAGCAGCACAGUGCCGGAGGAGCCAGAGAGCACCGGCUCAGCCGCCGGCUCAGCCGCGGGGAUGGACACUCUGCACUGGUGGAGGCCAGGCACGGAGCACAACGGAGAUCCCCACCUCACCGAGAUGGGGAAGGGGCCAUCGGAGAGGAGGAAGCUGAGUGGGUCCCACCUGGCCUUGCUGGAUGGCUCACGAGAGUCUCCCUCUGGCAGUGCGAGCACAUCACCCAGCACUGUCCGGCGCCGACCACCUGCCUUGCUGGAGAGGCGAGGAUCCGGGACCCUCCUGCUCGACCACAUCUCCCACACGAGGCCGGGAUAUCUGCCCCCGCUGAAUGUGAACCCCAACCCCCCGAUCCCUGACAUCGGCUCCAGCAAAGCUCCCUCCCCUCUGGCUGCUGGGCUGAAGCCCCUGGUGCCCCUCGCACCCAGCUCGCCCAGGCGGGGCGACCUGAGAGCCCGCAGGAAGCUCCUCCGCAGACACUCCAUGCAGGCGGAGCAGAUGCGGCACCUCUCUGAUUUUGAGGAGGUCGUGGCCCAGUAGCUAUGUCACCAUUUUCUUCCCAAAGCCACGCUGUCCCUGCAGAAACGGGACAGUCCCAGAUGGAGUGGUCACCGGCUCCAGGGACACACUGAUGGCCGCGGGGGUCAGACCUGAGCCCAGAGGCUGAAUCAGGAAUGACCACCUGGGAGACCAAUCCCAGACCAUCCGAGAUCGCCAGGCUCCGUGCCAAGGAUCCGAUCCUGCCUGCAGUUCCCUUAUUCCUCACUAGUCACAAUCCACUUUUCAUCCAUCCCGCCCGUUCUGACACCGAAUCCCCCCCGAAGCCCCCAGCAGUGAUCCUUGGGGCCGAGCGUUCAUGAAGGGCCUUCCAGGAGGGGAAGGGGCUCAGUGCUGCGGGGGCUGGAGAAGCGGGAACACUCCCCCCGGCAACGGACCGUGUCGGUGCCCUCUCGGAGCAGGAGAGGGAGACAAUCCUCCACCUCCGAGAUUCCCGAGAGCUUCGGAGCUCCGGCAGCUGAGCUCACCCGGCACCGCGAUUCUGGACCAGGAUGGGCUUGUCUCGUCUCUGAAGCGCCUGAGGUUCAGGGCGUUCAUUCACCGCCACUCCGAAUAGCUCUAAGCGCUGAAUCCCCGGGCAGGAUUCAGGUCCCAGCCUGGCUGCAUGGGAAGCCUCUGCCGGCGGCGUGGGAACCGGGAUGCCGAGUAACCGAGGAUGGCACGGGCCUACCUAAGGGGUUCAUCCACCGGGAAAGUCGCAGGCACCGCGACACAGCCGGGACCCCGCUCUGCUGCCCGCCCUGCGCAGGGAGCACUCCUCACCCCACGCCUCAUCCCACGCUCCGUGCGCCGUGGGCCGGCCGUGGGCCGUGGCUGCCCACAGAUUCCAUUAAUGCAUUUAUUUACAGGAGUCCGUGUGUGUAGUGGUGCAGGGGCAGGUGCCGGGGUGACGCCGUGUCCCUGCGGGGACUUUUUCACGAUCGCUGCGUUAAUAAAGCGCUCGCCGUUGGA